GACGGUGUUUGGUUGUUUUGUUUAGAAUAUGAAUGUAACUGUUUUUAAAAUAAUUAAAACAAUAUUUUACUAUUGUUCUCUAAGGGUUUUGAUGAGUAAAUAAACUUAGCUAACAAUUAUUUGUAACACCCAGUUGAAACAUAGAAAUGGCAAAGUAACUCAUUCAACCGACGGAAUACCGUUAAAAAGGCUUUCCACGUCAAUAGUUUUAUUACACCGUGAGAAUGAGAAGAGCUAGAGGAUACCAAGAUCUUGACGACAAUGCUGGCGAUUCCAGUAUAUCAAUGGCCCAAAUGCCACCACCGCAAGAAAUCGAAAUGGCUUCAGUAUCCGUUGUUCCAGAUGACACAUUUACAGUGACACAGGCAGUUAAUGCCCUGGGCUUUGGCUGGUUUCAAGUCAAGUUGUCACUCUGCACUGGAUUAUGUUGGAUGGCUGACUCUAUGGAGAUGACUAUACUCAGUAUUCUCUCGCCAGCACUGCACUGUGAAUGGAAUAUUAGCAAGUAUCAACAAGCUUUGACAACAACAAUAGUUUUUCUGGGAAUGAUGUUGAGUUCUACAUUUUGGGGCAAUAUUAGUGACCGAUAUGGAAGGAAAACUGCGCUGAGUAUGUGUGGAGUAUUAUUAUUUUAUUAUGGGCUGUUAAGUGCUAUAGCUCCAAAUUUUCUAUGGCUUUUGUUUUUACGAGGACUUGUUGGCUUUGCAAUAGGAUGUGUUCCACAGUCUGUUACUUUAUAUGCAGAGUUUUUACCAACUAAACAACGGGCCAAAUGCGUUGUCCUUUUAGAUUGUUUCUGGGCGCUGGGCGCCUGUCUGGAAGUUGCUCUGGCAUUAGUAGUUAUGCCUACAUUAGGUGUUCAUUGGUUGCUCGCUCUAUCAACAAUACCAUUGUUAAUCUUUGCACUCAUUUGUCCCUGGUUACCGGAAUCCGCUAGAUAUCACGUGGCAAGUGGACAACCAGACAAAGCAUUAGCAACAUUGGAAAAGAUAGCACAGGACAAUGGUCGUCCAAUGCUACUAGGUCGGUUGGUGUGUGAUGAUUCUGUAGGCAUCGGGCAACGUGGACGUUUGAAGCAUCUCCUUAUACCUCAUUUAAGGAACACCAGUUUACUGCUCUGGGUCAUAUGGAUGUCGUGCGCUUUCUGCUACUACGGCUUGGUGCUGAUGACUACUGAGUUGUUUGAGACGGAUUCUGAUGGGUCGGAGGAGUCGUGCGCUGCGGAUUGCCGCCCUCUGCAGACCACUGACUAUAUGGAUCUCUUGUGGACUACACUGGCUGAAUUUCCCGGUAUCUUUGCUACGAUAUUUAUCAUCGAGAAAUGCGGUCGGAAGCGAACUAUGGCCUCUCAGUUUGUGAUAUUUGCGGUCUGUGUUUGCGUUCUAAUAUAUAAUACCAAUCGAACUUUCCUGACAUGUGUGCUGUUCCUGGCGCGAGGUAUCAUCGCCGGUCUGUUCCAAGCUGCAUAUGUCUACACUCCCGAGGUGUACCCGACUGCGCUGCGAGCGACUGCGGUGGGAGCCUGCAGCGGCGUUGCCAGGCUUGGUGCUAUGAUUACACCUUAUGUUGCUCAGGUUUUAUUGAAGAAUUCAAUUGUAAUUGCGACAGCGGUGUAUUCGUUGGCAGCUCUCUUAGCGGCGCUCGCCUGCCUCGCUCUACCCAUAGAGACAAAAGGCAGAGAGAUGAGAGAUACUGUCACUAAUACUACUUAAUGUCAGAUAUCAACAUGUCAAAUGUCAAACACAGUC